CCAUCCGGCCAGCCAAUGUGGAAGGCUCAAGGAAGGGAAUGCGGGUUCGUCCCCUCUGCCGUUUCCUUUGCCUCCUCCUCUUCUCCUCCUCCUCCCAUUGUGCUUUUGGCCCUCUGCUUCAUAGCCGCUCCCCCUACUCUGCUCUUCUCGUGCUCCUUGCCUACUUGUGCAUCCCAGGUCCCGUCCCCCUCUGCCUUGCUCUACACCAUGGUGUUCAACAGCGACUACCCUAAGUUCGACCAGGAAGCCCCUGAUGAUUUCGACCCCGCCAAGCCCUACGCCGAUCCCGUCGCCUUCUUCGAGCAGCGUGAGUUUGUGGUUCGCGAGAAGCUUAUCCAAGUCGAGAAGGCGAAGAUCCUCCGCGAAAAGCUUCGGCAGUGCUACUGGAAGGAGGGUGUCAAUCACUACCAGAAGUGUCGUCCUCUUGUCCAGAAGUAUAUGGCCUCCUGCCAGAAUAUUGGCUGGGGCAAGGAUGCCCGUCCUUCUUACUUGAAUCAUCUCUAGCUUUUCUUUUCCUCCCCCUCUCGCUCUUUCCUUUCCAGGCAAGGGCUUUCCUAGUCCUCGUCGCUCUUUGUGUGGCCCACGACUAUCCCUCCCUUCUCUUUCCGGGCUAGGGUUUUCCCACUGCUCGCGAUGGCCCUUUCUAUGGCCGGCCUUAGAUUGCAGUCACGCACCCAAGAUUAAAUAGGUUUUCAACUCGAUGUAAUUACAUCGUGUUGUGCAAUGUCCGGGUCUUUUCCAUUUCAGAACAAGGGUUUCGCUCAAGAGUUUCGUACUUGUGUGCACCAGAGUCUUUUUUUUUUUCUUUUUCUUUUUUUUCUUUUUUUCUCUCUCUCUUCGAUUUAUGGCUUGUGCAUUGCUUCCGUUUCUCAGCAUCUAUCCAUCUAAUUUUUGAAUUUCAUGUGUGCCAUCUGUACUCGCGUUUACUUUGCUACGCGUGCUUUUAUUUUGUCAGCCCACACUUGACGGUUCGUACUUUCACUUAGCUCCUCACGCACUAACAGAAAGCUAUGGUUUUCUACACAGUUGCAUUCUACCGACUUGGAUGGUUGCACCCACUUCCCUGAAUUUCAUAUCCAUUUUUUAGGUGUUACGUGCGAAGGUUGGAGAGAAUCGAAUUGCUAUUUAUUUUAGGGAUAUGUCGUAUGUAAGUGCUGGGGGAGCUCAACAUUGUAGUUUUUUUUUGUUUCUCGGUAGAAGUGAUCAGAGGGCGUGAUUUGUAAGCUGAUCGCUACAGGUGGACCAGGUUCUAAGUCGACGACUUGGCCUGCUAAGCGAUGAAGUAACUCGACGCCAUCGAAGUGUACUGAUAUGUACAGGGACCGCGUGAUGUGGCAGCUGUUAGAGGUGCAUUGCGCCAAGCGUAGGUACACGAUUCGGAGGGUACCUAGUUUUAUUUGUCGCUGUUGAUUUUAGAGAUAAUUGGUCAUGUCAUUCUAUGACAAGAGUUCAAUCAUGUGGGGUUAUGUUCAGGACUGCUUUGGUCUAUUAUGUAGUCACCUUUGUACUUUCUGUGAUAUCUUGCUUUCGUGCCGUAGACGUAAUGAGAAUUUGAUUUUGGUCUCUC